CUCGCUCCCCGCCCCGCCGCUUUACGGCAGCGGCCGCCGUGUGUUUGCGGCUCCGGGCUCGGCCGGGCGGUCGGGGCGGACAUGGCCAGUACGAUGGUGGCGGUCGGCCUGGCCGUGGCAGCGGCUGGAUUCGCAGGUCGCUAUGCAGUAAAAGCUAUGAAGCAAAUGGAGCCACAGGUUAAACAAGCACUUCAGAACCUACAAACACCUGCCUUCAGUGGUUAUUACAGGGGUGGAUUUGAACCCAAAAUGACUAAACGAGAAGCAGCUUUAAUACUAGGAGUGAGCCCUACAGCCAACAGAAAUAAAAUUAGGGAAGCUCAUAGACGGAUCAUGCUUCUGAAUCAUCCAGAUAAAGGUGGCUCUCCAUAUGUAGCAGCCAAAAUCAAUGAAGCUAAAGAUCUACUGGAAGACCAAGCUAAAAAAUGAGAAAAAUCUGUCAGAGGGUUUGUCCCUGCAAAUGAUUAUUUUUGAUAAACGGCUUAAGAAAAGUUCUAAUGUCAGUCUUUGACUCUGUACAAGUGAAGCUGGAAAUAUGAAUCCAGGGAGCUACUUCCCUCCCUACUCAGUCAGUUUUUUUGGGAAAUGUGUGAGGGAGUGAGGCUUAAAAGUUUUUCAUAGCUGUUCUUUAUUAAACAGCACAAUCUGCCACUGAAAUAUUUUCAGUAUAGAGAGCAAUAACUUGGUGUGACCAGUGCAUGUUACCAGGCAGACUUACAUGCUCUUGCCUAAUUUCUGUUCAAUUAGUUGUGU